AUGGAUUCGAAUCGUUCAUUGUUUCGACCUAACACCCAGUAUGAUGGUCAUUGGGACAAUGAAGAGACGGAGGACUAUGAACGAAUUUGCGAGCUCAUAAAGGAGAUAUCGUAUCGCUCGAAAGAAUCCCCUAGUGUCCACCAUAUUCUUGAUAGCUAUCAGAUACCAGAGGCGAACAACGUUGGCCUUUUAUCCCUACUUCAGAAGACUCUGCAACAUGGAGGCCGCAUCCCAGUGCCAAGACCAGAUUUGGAAAUGAUUACUGAUGCGAUUGAACAAACAUUUGUUGAUCAUGAACUGCAAGGCAAGGUAGCAAACAUCCUAGAGGAUAUUGUACAACGACGCCUGAUCAGCGGUAUCCCAAGUCAAAGCUAUGACACUAUUCGACAACACGAACCAGAGACGAGCCUUCAUGACGUAUCACUUAUGGUCAUCGAUUUAGAGGCAGACGCGGUGAGCUCUUCUCCAACCCUUUCGAUGCCUGGAGGUGGAGGCUCAAAAAAGAGGAAGAGGAGCGUUUUUGAGGAUAUAUACGAGUCUCAAACUACAAGCCAGGAGCCCAUUCUUGAGUCAAUCAUUACACCUUUGACCCUAACCCCACAUCUUGCCUCAAACUCGUCACAAGAUCCAGCUCGAGAUAUUCAUCAAGCAAUACUACAAACUCUCGAGGCGUUGCAGAAUAACAGGAUAGAUAAAGCCCAGAUUGGCUCUCUGCAAGUUCAACUGCAUCAAAUCUUUUUAUUCGCAGUAUCUUCACCCUGGCUUCAAGAUGUCACUCCAGGGGACGAUGCCACACGACUUGAUAAGCGCAAGAUCCUGAACCAGCUCAGCAAGCUAAUCCAACUCUUGGGUGUCCUCUCUGGCGUACAAAUCUCCGUGGGAGACGUGACCAACACGCUCAAUGUGACCAUUGAUGAAGAAGCAGAACGACACAUUACUACAUCUCCAUCCAUAAGCAAGGGGGCAAUACAAGGGGUCAACAAUCUGCUAGAAAGCGUCCAAAUAAACAAGCUACAAUACACUCCUGUACAUACCGCAACUGUCUCAAGACUUUUACGCGCGGUUACGAUCUCAAGACGCACCUCCGAACCCACACCGACGACCGGCCCUAUAAAUGCAACUAUCCUCUCCUCCCGUCUUCUUCCUCCACCAAUCCACCUUCAUCUGUCACCUCGCCACUCGACCUUUCCACAAGUCACGACCGCUGUACGGCGUCCUUUCACCGGCGACACGACUUGCAGCGACACAUGCGAGGACACGCGAGCGUACAAUUCAAAUAGUGCUCAAGAGAAGCAGCAGCGACCAAAGAAACCGACAAUACCACUACCAUUUGAAGGUGACUCGGCAGCAACCUGCAUCAAUGCUAGAUACGAACUUGUCCAAGUCCCUCCAGAACUGAAAAAGAGCGCACAUGCCUGGUCGAAUGUCUUUGGACCACAUUCACCUCGACGAGAUGGGGAAAGACAAAUACAAGAGGACAAUAUGAUAUAUAACGCUCCUAUGGAACUGACGUUUCGGCUAUCUGGAACUGAUAAGCCCAGAUGUACUCUUUCCAAUACCGUCCACGUGCAGCCGCAACAAAUAGAAGAGGCCAGCAAUAUUGAGAGAGGGGCUCCUGAAACCGGGGAUAUAGCUUUAGAAAUGGACAUCGAGUUGGAUCUGUUCG